AUGGCUGAAAUAGGUUAUGGAGGAUCACAGCAUGGACAGAGUGUAGAGGUUAUUCCAUUCAAGACCUCUAAUGCAUCUCUCAAAGUUCUAUUACUUCAUGGUAAUUUGGAUAUAUGGGUCAAAGAAGCAAAAAACCUGCCUAAUAUGGAUAUGUUUCACAACAAGUUAGGGCAAGUGUUUGGGAGGAUGCCUACAUUCAGUGGCAAGAACAAAACAGAUGAUGGUAAGCCAGUAAAGGUUACCAGUGACCCCUAUGUGACUGUUUCAAUAGCUAAUGCUGUAAUUGCAAGAACUUUUGUCAUUAGCAAUAGUGAAAACCCUGUUUGGCUGCAACAUUUUUAUGUUCCUGUGGCUCACUAUUCUGCUGAAGUGCAGUUUGUGGUUAAAGAUAGUGAUGUUGUGGGUUCCCAACUCAUAGGGGCUGUUGGUAUACCAGUUGAGCAGUUAGUUUCUGGUUCAAUAGUUGAAGGUACCUUCCCAAUUCUGAAUGAAAGUGGCAAGCCCUGUAGACCUGGAGCAGUAUUGACUUUAUGGAUUCAGUACACACCCAUGGAGAGAGUUCCCCUUAGCCAAAAUGGAGUGGGAUCAGAUCCAGAUUGUAAUGGUGUUUCUGGUACUUAUUUUCCACUUAGGAGAGGAGGUAAAGUUACCCUUUAUCAAGAUGCUCAUGUUGAUGAUGGUUGUCUUCCCAAUAUGUGGCUUGAUGGUGGUUUGAAAUAUGAAAAUGGAGAUUGUUGGCAUGAUAUUUGUGAAGCUAUCAAGCAGGCUCGUCGCUUGAUUUACAUUACAGGAUGGUCUGUGUUUCAUAGCGUUCAGCUUGUUCGUAAUGGUGAUGGUGCAAAAGAUAGCUUUUUGGGGGAUCUUUUGAAGACCAAGUCUUCAGAAGGUGUAAGAGUGCUUCUACUCAUAUGGGAUGAUCCUACUUCUAGGAGCAUUUUGGGAAUAAAGACUCAAGGGGUCAUGCAAACUCAUGAUGAAGAAACUCGGCGUUUUUUCAAGCAUUCUUCUGUGCAAGUACUCCUUUGCCCCCGUUCUGCUGGAAAGGGGCAUAGCUGGGCCAAGAAACAGGAGGUUGAAACAAUCUAUACCCAUCAUCAGAAAACGGUUAUAGUGGACGCUGAUGCUGGUAAUUACAGAAGACGAAUAAUGGCAUUUGUUGGAGGUCUUGAUCUAUGUGUGGGACGUUAUGAUACUCCUAGACACCGCAUUUUCAGCACAUUACAAACUGUGCACAAAGAUGAUUAUCACCAACCUAAUUUCACUGGACCUACAGAUGGUUGUCCAAGAGAACCAUGGCAUGAUUUGCACAGUCGAAUCGAAGGUCCAGCAGCAUAUGACUUACUCAAAAACUUCGAGGAGAGAUGGUUGAGAGCUUCAAAGCCACAUGGGAUUCGUAAAAUCAAGAAAUCUUCGGAUGACUCUUUACUCAAGCUAGAUAGGAUUCCUGACAUUUUAGGAAUAGAUGAUGCCCAUUGCACAAGUGAGCAAGAUCCAGAGGGUUGGCAUGUUCAGGUGUUCCGUUCAAUUGACUCCAACUCCGUUAAAGGUUUUCCCAAAGACCCCAAAGAUGCCACAAGCAAGAAUUUGGUAUGUGGGAAGAAUGUGCUUAUAGACAUGAGCAUACAUACCGCAUAUGUGAAGGCAAUUCGUGCUGCGCAGCAUUUCAUAUAUAUUGAAAACCAGUACUUUCUUGGUUCUUCGUUUAACUGGAGUAAUUACAAAACUUUGGGUGCAAACAAUUUAAUACCGAUGGAAAUUGCUCUAAAAAUUGCGAACAAAAUCAGAGCGAAAGAGAGGUUUGCUGCAUAUAUUGUGAUUCCAAUGUGGCCGGAGGGUAGUCCUACAAGCACCGCAGUUCAAAGGAUUCUCUUUUGGCAGAAUAAAACGAUGCAAAUGAUGUAUGAAGUGAUUUACAAGGCCUUAGUAGAAGUAGGUCUCGAAAAUGUGUACGAGCCUCAAGAUUACUUGAUCUUUUUCUGUCUUGGCACUCGUGAGUCAUCCAAAGGCACGGAACCAACUUCGGAUGAAAAAGGGUCGAAUGCUGCAAAUACCCCUCAAUCACUUAGUAGGAAAAAUCAACGCUUUAUGAUAUACGUACACUCGAAAGGAAUGAUAGUGGACGAUGAGUUUGUGAUAUUGGGAUCUGCAAACAUCAACCAACGUUCGUUAGAAGGGUCCAGAGACACUGAAAUCGCAAUGGGUGCAUAUCAGCCAUAUCAUACAUGGGCUCAUAAGCGCGAUAGCCCACAUGGACAGAUAUUCGGGUACAGGAUGUCGCUUUGGGCUGAACACAUUGGUGGACUCGAGAGCUGUUUCGAGAGACCAGAGAGUCUCGAGUGUGUGAGAAGGGUGCGCUUGCUGAGCGAAUUGAACUGGAAACAGUAUGCAGCGGUUGAAGUGAGCGAUAUGAAUGCUCACCUUCUCAGGUAUCCGGUGGAAGUGGAUCGCACCGGCCAGGUCAAGCCGCUACCCGGUUGUCCGAAUUUCCCAGACUUGGGUGGCAACAUUGUGGGAACUUUUGUGGCCAUUCAAGAAAACCUCACCAUUUGA